AUGUCAACGACCAUCCCAGAGCCACCGACCGAGUCUCGUCGGGAGCGAAGACCAUCCGUCGGUGCUCCUAUCGCUGACCUCCAAGGACCUGUCGGACCGGGAUUCAGUCGUCCUAAGCAUAAGCGUACAUUCACUGGUCUUGGACCUGCCGAGAUUAAACAUGUCGAAGCGAGCAUUCCUGAGCCACUGAGAGAGGCUUGGAGGAAGCACUCGGCCACUGAGUUCAGCAACAAAGACGAAUUCGAGACAGAGCUAGUACGUCAUAUCGAGACUACGCUUGCUCGUUCGCUGUACAACUGCGAUGAACAAGCCGCGUAUUCGGGUACUGCACUUGCCUUUAGGGACCGGUUGAUCGUUGAGUGGAAUAAGACCCAACAGCGCCAGACUUUCACCGACCAGAAGCGAGUCUACUAUUUGUCGCUUGAGUUCCUUAUGGGACGGGCGUUGGACAAUGCUAUGCUAAAUGUCGGCAUGAAGGAUGCCGCUCGAGAGGGAUUGAAGGAUCUUGGAUUCCGUAUCGAGGAUGUCAUCAACCAGGAGCACGAUGCUGCAUUGGGUAAUGGCGGAUUGGGACGUCUGGCAGCCUGCUUCUUGGAUAGUAUGGCGACCCUGAACUAUCCAGCCUGGGGUUAUGGACUACGCUACCGCUAUGGUAUCUUCAAGCAGGAGAUUGUCAAUGGCUACCAGGUGGAGAUCCCAGACUACUGGCUGGACAAUAACCCCUGGGAGUUCCCCAGACACGAAAUCACAGUCGACAUCCAGUUCUAUGGCAACAUCAAGAAAUAUCAGGACGAGAGUGGUAAGAUCGUGCACUCAUGGGAAGAUGGUGAGAUCGUUCAAGCUAUCGCGUACGAUGUCCCCAUCCCCGGGUAUGGCACGAAGACUACCAACAAUCUUCGUCUGUGGUCCAGCAAGGCCAGUAGCGGAGAGUUUGAUUUCCAGAAGUUCAAUGCUGGAGAUUAUGAAAGCGCAGUGGCAGACCAGCAGAGGGCGGAAACUAUAUCCGCGGUUCUUUACCCCAAUGAUAACCUUGAGCGAGGCAAAGAGCUGCGUCUGAAGCAGCAGUACUUCUGGUGUGCUGCCUCGCUAUUCGACAUUGUUCGGCGAUUCAAGAAGACGAAGCGUGCUUGGAGUGAGUUCCCUGAUCAGGUGGCUAUCCAGCUCAACGACACUCACCCGACCCUUGCAAUUGUUGAGCUGCAGCGCAUCUUGAUUGACAAGGAGGGAUUGGAAUGGGACGAGGCAUGGGGCAUUGUAACCAAGACCUUCAGUUAUACCAAUCACACCGUCCUCCCCGAGGCGUUGGAGAAGUGGUCGGUCCCGCUGAUGCAGAACCUGCUUCCCCGACACUUGCAAAUUAUCUACGAGAUCAAUCUGUUCUUCCUGCAAUCGGUGGAGAAACGCUUCCCUAAAGAUCGGGAGAUAUUGUCGCGAGUAUCGAUCAUUGAAGAGUCGCAUCCAAAGAUGGUGCGCAUGGCCUAUUUGGCCAUCAUUGGCUCCCACAAAGUCAACGGUGUAGCCGAGCUGCAUUCCGACCUACUCAAGACGACUCUUUUCAAAGACUUUGUGACAAUCUAUGGGCCGGACCGGUUCACUAACGUCACCAACGGAAUUACUCCAAGACGCUGGCUCCACCAGGCCAAUCCGCGGCUAUCUGCGCUGAUUGCAGAAAAACUCGGAGGAUAUGAUUUCUUGAAGGACCUCACCCUUCUGGACGGGAUCGAAGCUUUCGUCGAUGACAAGGAAUUCCGCAAAGAGUGGGCACUCAUCAAGCGGGAGAACAAACUGCGUCUUGCUCAACACAUCAAGGCCACCACCGGAUUCGAUGUUAACCCCAAUGCCCUGUUUGACGUGCAGGUAAAGCGUAUCCACGAGUACAAGCGCCAGCAGCUCAACAUCUUUGGUCUCAUCCACCGCUACCUGAGCAUCAAAGACAUGUCAGCGGAGGAGAAGAAGAAGGUUGUUCCUCGUGUUUCUAUUUUCGGAGGAAAGGCGGCUCCUGGUUAUUGGAUGGCCAAAACAAUCAUCCAUCUCAUCAACAAGGUAGCCGACGUCGUAAACAGAGACCCCGACAUUGGCGACCUUUUGAAGGUCAUCUUCAUCGAGGACUACAAUGUCAGCAAGGCAGAGAUCAUCUGCCCGGCCUCUGAUAUCAGCGAACACAUCUCGACUGCGGGUACCGAAGGCAGCGGCACGAGCAACAUGAAAUUCGUGCUGAAUGGCGGUCUGAUAAUCGGCACCUGUGAUGGAGCCAACAUCGAAAUCACUCGCGAAAUCGGCGAGCAGAACAUCUUCCUCUUCGGCAACCUCGCCGAGGACGUCGAGGACCUGCGCCACCGACACUUCUACGGCGACUUCAAGCUAGAUCCGCAGCUCGAGCGCGUCUUCAAUGCAAUCAAGGAUGGCAUGUUCGGUGACAAGAAUGAGUUCUCUGCACUCCUCAACUCUAUUGAAGAGCACGGUGACUACUACCUCGUCUCGGACGACUUCAACUCCUAUAUCACUACCCACGAGAUGGUCGACGAGGCCUUCUUGAAUCAGGAUGAGUGGCUGGCUAAGUCUAUUACCUCUGUCGCGCGCAUGGGCUUCUUCUCCAUGGAUCGCGUUACUAACGAGUAUGCGGAUAGCAUCUGGAAUAUUGAGCCUCUGGAGGUUAAAGACUAG